UCGCCAUCAUCUCUCUCACUCAGACUCUUCACUUCCCUUCUACUAGAACCUGACAGUGUGCACGUUAAACGUGAUAUAGUGCGUAGGAUAAGAGGAAGGAGGAAAAUGGUUCACAAAACACGUUUCUUUAUUGCAUUGUUCUGCAUUGUUAUUGCCGCUGUCGCCGGUCAGUCGCCCGCGACUUCGCCUACGGCUACUCCGGCACCUCCUACACCAACGACGCCGACUGCUUCUCCACCUGUGUCCACCACUCCGCCUCCUACUUCAUCUCCACCACCGGCAGCGACUCCUCCUCCGGUCUCUGCUCCUCCCCCGGCAACACCACCACCUGUUAGCGCCCCACCACCGUCCACUCCGCCCCCAGCCACUCCACCACCGGCUACUCCUCCACCUACCACUCCACCACCGGCUACUCCUCCUCCAGCCACUCCUCCACCAACAACUCCACCACCAGCUACACCGCCUCCCGCCACUCCACCACCAGCGACACCACCUCCGGCUGUUCCUCCACCAGCUCCACUUGCAUCUCCUCCAGCCUCAGUCCCGGCUCCCGCCCCCAGCAAGAAACCAAAGGCUCUGGCGCCUUCACCUCUGGGCUUGAGCCCCCCUGCCCCCCCUGUUGGUGCACCAGGCCCCAGCCUUACAUCAGUCUCUCCGGGCCCAUCUCAGACCGAUAUCAGCGGAGUAGAGAAAUUUUGUUCAAUGCAGAGCUUGGUGUUGGGAUUGGCUAUGGUGGUGUUAUUGUUACUUUAGAGAUCGUUUCUUUCAUAUGUACCUGAAGCUUAUAUUUUUGUCUUUGGCUUUCUUCAUAUAUUGCUUAGGCGCCCCGGGAUUGUUGAUUAUGGGACUCUUUAUUGUCUGUAUUUGAGUUAUAUAUAUAUAUGUACACACACAUUCCGUUGGAUUCUUUUGGAGAUUUCUGAGGGGAAGCUUUUGUAUUCGAGGGGAUUUAUUCUUUCUCUUAUGGGAUUGCUGGUGGUGGCAACUUCCAUCUCACUGUCUCCUUUAUCAUCGUCAUUAUUAUUAUUGUUAGCUUGCCAUUUCAUUCA